AUGAUGCACCACUGGGGGACGGACUUCCUCCUCUGGGGGCCGUUGUGGUUGCUCAAGAUCACCAACUUGAGGGUGAACUUCACCAAGCUUCACACGCUGGGGGACACCCUGCUGGACCCCCGCGCUGAGAUCAAGGAGAAGUACUACUACGCCAUCUACGAGCUGGUGGUGCGCGGGAACUGCUUCUGCUACGGCCACGCCUCCGAGUGCGCCCCCAUCCAGGGCAUCCGGGAGGACCGGGAGGGAAUGGUCCACGGCAGGUGUGUGUGUAACCACAACACGAAGGGUUUGAACUGCGAGCAGUGUGAGGACUUCUACAACGACCGGCCCUGGAGGCCGGCCGAGGGCCGCAACACAAACGCCUGCCAGAAGUGUAACUGUAAUGGCCACUCCAACCGGUGCCACUUCGACAUGGCGGUGUUCCUGGCCACGGGGAACGCCAGCGGGGGGGUGUGCGACGACUGCCAGCACAACACGAUGGGACGCAACUGUGAGACGUGCAAACCCUUCUACUACAGAGACCCCAGCAGGGACGUGACAGACCCAAGAGUCUGCAUGGGUGAGCACGGACCAUAA